AUUGGAAUUAACUUUUUUUUUUUUUUUCCUUUUCAGCAAUGAUUAUGAAAAGAUGGAGAUUCGUUUUUUCUGAUGGUUUUUCAUUUGCUUUUCUUCUGACAUGUGUGAUAUCAGAAUUUAUAUUUGAAUUAUUUAUUGUAUUACCAGUUGCAGAAGAAGGUUAUAUUCCUUUAUCUGUUCAUGUAUUCCUGGGAACAUUUGUUUUCAUCAAUAUACUGAGCAAUUUGGCUAUGGUCAUCUUAAAAGAUACAACAACAAGAAAGAUAAUUUUGCCAUCAUUAUUGAAACCUGGUUGGUACUUCUGUUAUGUUUGUGAAGCCAACUCACCCCCUCGUUCUUUUCACUGUGAUAGAUGUAAAAUAUGCAUAUUAAAGAGAGAUCAUCAUUGUGCAUUUGCUGGUCGAUGUAUUGGGCUGAAAAAUUUUCGAUAUUUCUUGCUGUUUCUUUUCUAUCUGUCUUUGGGUGCUAUGUAUGCAAUGCUGUUCAAUAUGUAUUUUAUUUGGAAUGUUCUAGGUGGCUUUUCUUUCUUUUCAAUUGGAGCUCAUUUUGUGCCUUUUAUAUUUUGGAUAUUGGGUUAUCUGAGCUUCAGAGUAUUUAUAUGUACUUUGAUGUCUCUGUUAUCAAUUAUUGGAGUUUUGUGUGUUACUUAUUUUUUCUUUUUUCAUUUGAAUCAAAUGUUGCACAAUCAGACAACUUAUGAGCGCAUUGAAAAUAUCCGUGAUUAUGAUCUAGGGUGGAAAAACAACUUAGUUGAAAGUCUUGGCCAGCGAUGGCACAUGGUGUGGUUUUUACCUUUCGUGGAAUCACCAUUGCCUAGUGAUGGCUUGUCAUUUUUAUCUAACAAAAGUACAGCGAGUGAUUUGUUGAACUAUAAUGUAGCUGGAAGCGUAAGACACCGACAUCUAUGAAUUAUCUUUUACCAGAUUUUUUUUUUCAUAUUUUCUUGGUGCUAAAAAAUAUUUGUACAUAAAAAUUUUAAAAUGUAAUACUCAUGAUAUAUGCUUCAUGGAAAAAAACUUUACCAUAUUUAAAGAGCUUUGUACUUAUAUUUUGUGAAACAUUUAAAAGAAGUGGCUGUAUUGAUUGUUCAGAGUACAUUAGAAAAAGGAUAUAUUUCAGUUUGUAAGUCUUUUUCAUUGCAAAAAGGUGAUUAUUAAAAUUUUGGAUACAAAAUUUGAGGUAAUCCAAAUUCUUCACAAAAAGCCAUUUUAUAACCACAGUUGUAUUUCAUAAAAUUACUUUUGUGAAUUAAGUGGAUUAUUCUUUAGAAAAUUUCAGUGCAGUAAAAGGCGAUCUAGGGAAAUUGUGUGAAUGCAUUUUAGUCUAUGAAUUGGGAUGCAUGUCAUGAUGCAAUGGAGCAGUCUUGUAAUUCAGCAUUGCAGAUAUGUUGUUUUGAUUGAUGGCCAUGAAAAUUUUGCGAAUAGGGAUUAAUCGUUAUAGUUUAAUUUCCAACUCUGCCUGGUACAGGCAUAAACCUUUUUAAUUCUUUUUUCUUUUCUGCAAUGACUCUUUGACUGUCCUAUGUGUAAUUUCUCUAAAACAACUGUUAAGUCUGUCAUGAAUUUCCCUAUGCUCAACUUCAGUAGGAAUGAAAUUUAUUGUGGUUCUUAGCUUCCCUUUAGUAAAAUCAUUAAUUUGAAAUGUCAUUCUUUUUCCCCAAAACCUCUGAGCUCUUCUAGUACCAAAUAUUUCGAAUGACUUUUCUUUUUCUUUCUGUCACUUAGCAAAUUUUUUAAUUCGAAUGAUUUUUAUAGAUAACCACUUGCGCUACGACUAAACUUCACAGUUGCGGUGCCAUGUGCUACAAUAUAACAAGCGGUAAAGUGUCUCAUUUACGUUGCUCCUCGACGUGGUGUUCACGUCGCUCGCGGUUUGAGACAAAAGCAUCUCGGCGUGCGUCGCAAAAGCACAAGUGGUUAAAUCUACUCUGUAAAUUUACUUAUGACAUAAUUCAAAUGUUGAAAUGUUUUUUAAUAGCUGAUGACAUCUUUUGAGCAAUUAAGGAAACCACUAAAUUUUUCUGUUUUAUCAAGUUUCAUAUCAAACCACAAUAUAUUAAUAUACUUUAUAUAUUGUAUAUGAGACUGUGAUGGUUUAGGUUUUAUCAGUAUAACCAGGCUUACAAAAUAUACUACACAAUUAUGCGGUUCUAAAAAUCUUGCUGAAAAUUUACAUUUUUCCUGAACUAUUUUAAGUAGCAAUUUGUAAUUUGAUUAUAUUUUAUAUUCUUAAAAAUACUACAUAGUAUAAUGAAUAACAUUUUAAUAUUUCUAAAGUGCAACAAAACAAUUUUGUAAGAUUUUGAAAUCAUAUACAAUUACCAACACUAGCAAUGGCAAAUUCAGUAUUACUAUUGAUAUAGAAAUAUUCAUAUAUUUUUUUCAAAAAAGUAAUUGUGGAGCAAUUUCUUGAAUAUAGUCAAAAAAAUUUUUCCAAUAA